AUGAUCCAAUUGUUAGUUCUCGGUUUGGUUGCCGCGGCGUCGGCCAACGUGUACCACGAUGGAGCCUGCCCCGAAGUGAAGCCAGUAGACAACUUCGACUGGUCCAACUACCAAGGAAAGUGGUACGAAAUCGCCAAGUACCCCAACUCUGUUGAGAAGUACGGCAAGUGCGGAUGGGCUGAGUACACCCCUGACGGCAAAGGAGUCAAGGUUAAGAACUACCACGUCAUCAACGGCAAGGAAUACUACAUUGAAGGUUCCGCUGUGCCCGCCGGUGACGCUAAAGUUGGAAAGAUCUACCACAAGCUUUCCUACGGAGGCCAAACUAACGACAACCUCUUCAACGUUCUCGCCUCUGACUCUGCCAAGAACUACAUCAUCGGAUACUACUGCAAAUACGACGAGGACAAGAAGGGACACCAAGACUUCGCCUGGGUGCUCUCCAAGUCCAAGGUCCUCACUGGAGAUGUUAAGACCGCCGUAGAGAACUACCUCAUCGGCUCCCCAGUGAUCGACUCCCAGAAGUUGGUGUACAGCGACUUCUCAGAUGAGGCUUGCAAAGUCACCAAGUAG